AUGGAAAAAGAAAAUAAGGAUCCCUACGCGGAGAUACGCGAGAUUUUCAACAACUUUUUCAAACUUCGGCCAGUCGCGGAGGGAUUUCGGUGAGUUUUGGGAUGCUGAGCAGCUUUUGAUUUUUGUGCAACGGCUAACUGAAAAUAGAAGAGUAGUGGGAGUAAAAACAAGAAAGAGUUUUGGCAUGUCACGUCGCAGCGAUAUAUCGAUGUACAGUUAAAAUUGGGGGCUUCUAUUUUCACGGCAACAUAAUGUCCAUGCACUUUAUAAAACCUCUAUUAGUCUGUCGGUAAAACAAUGGGCAUAAUGCCGUUCCGUCGAUCGCGUCGAUGAAGUGAAAAGCAAUGCGAUUUUGCCGCGACACAAUUCAUUUUCUCGGCGGCGAUGCGAUUUUCGAUACGACAGUGUAAUCUUUUGUAGAUAACUGAUAUAUUUGUUUUGGCCGAAGAAUCUUGAUGUUUUUGCAAAAUGCGCGGUAGAAACUUUGCAUUCACAGUGAACUUUUGUACAACAACCUCGCGUGCAAGAAAAGUUGUCAAUAGCAAAAAUUUCACAGAUAAAUUGCCUUCUAUCUAGGUAAUUUGCGUUCAAAAUAUACCUUUCAACAACGAAACCCUUAUAUAACGAAUUCAUUUGGCUCCACAACUUUCUGUACAAAAACUUCUCCGUUUUUUCAAAAUAAAUUUUCAAUUUUUUCAGUUCCCACCCUCCCCAUCAUGGAGGCGCUUUCAAUCCGACCCGCCUCUUUGGCGGCCAAGCCACAGCUCAGGCCUAUUUGGCCGCGACAAAAAUUCGACAAGGAUUUGUCCCGCUUCGAAUGAGCUCCACGUUCCUUCGGCCUGGCGUUGUUCAAGACCCAUACGACUAUGUCCCAAGUCACGCCUCAUUUGGCUCAUAUCACUUGGGAUUGGACUGUGUGCAAAAUGGAAAGGUUAUGAACUCAGUACAUUUUAGAGUAAGUUUUGGAAUGAAACACAUGUAAAAUGGAGAGAACAAGAGUCCAAAAAAUACCAAAAAAAUGCAUGUAUACGACGUAAUAUUGCUUUAGAUGACAAGUUCAAAAUUCUUCCGCCGAGAAGCAUCCCAGCCAAUUUCCUUCAUAAAUACGACCAAUAUUCCUUGUCCUCUCAGUGUCCCAGAAUGCUCUCCAUUUCUGGCCACAGUUGUAAUGGAUCAAUGGCUGGAGAGGCAUGGAUUUCAGCCGCAAUUCAAGAAGUUCAACUUUGCCAGAGGCUCAAUUUUUGAGAUGCGAUUAAUCCGAUUUUUUGACUUUAAGGUCAGCAAAUCGCAAACGACAUUGUUGUGGAUGAGAUUGUCGAAAACUGUGAGAGGUAGUAUUACUAUUUUCAUUAAGUGCGUAGACUUUUUUUAUGUUAUUUUUUUGCUUGUAAAUGUCAAAAUUAGGAUAAUUGAUUUUAAAAAUUAUGUUCAUUUUUUUCAUAUUAACUUUUUUUCUUAAGCAAUACUGUAAGUAGAGUAUUAAAAAUCCUUUCAGAAUUCCCCGUCCCAACCAAAAUGAUGAUCCCCCUUGUUUUUUCCGACUUCAUUAUCGGCCUUCCAAUUGAUACAAUCGCCGAUGCUUCACCGGGAGAAAAAUUAGGGGUCAUGUCAUCUAUGGAACAUCAGGUUGUUUUCCACUCGGAUGAAUUUGACGUAAGUUCUAUAAAUUUUGCACACACUUCGGGGAUAGGCCAGAUAUCAGUUCCUGCAAGUUUCAGCUCGCGCUUUGCAGGGAGAGCCGAAAUAUUAAACGAUCUUUACAGCCGAGAGAGUACACGAAACGCGGAGAGCGGUCACAGAGAAAAACUCUUUUUUAACCAUAUUUUGGCUAGUUUUGCAUGGAAAAAAAUAGAUUUUCUGUCGAAACAUUACUUUAAGAAGUAGAAAUAAGCGUUAAACUUUUCAUGCCAAGAUGCGUUAAAAGAUGUUGCAUUUUUUCCGAUUUUCGAUCUAAAAAAUCCUCGUCAUUUCUGCAAAGUGCGAGCUAGAAUUAUCACAUGUAUCUUAGAAGAAGUUAAAUCUAUGCCAAGUUUCAUCAAAAUCUGAGCCUUGAAAAAGCGUAAAAAUAAUGUGGAUUCGUCGCGCCUUGGAACUUUUUGGCCAUAUCUUUGCAGAGAGCGGUCAGUAGGGUAAAACACAUUCUCCCCAUAUCUUUAAUUAUGUGCGGAAAAAAUUGAUUUUUUGUAAAAACAUUGCACUCUACGGUAGAAAUAAACAUUUCAUGCCAAAAUUCGCAAAAAAAAGUCUCACAUUUUUUCCAAUUUUCGAUCUAAAAACCUCGGUCAUUUCCGCAAAGCGCAAGCUAAAACUCUCGCAGACCUUUCACAACAAAAUUAGCCUAAAUUUAUGCCAAGUUUCAUCAAAAUCUGCGCAUCUAAAUAAUUUGGAGGACUCCCUUGAUUUUGUUGAUUUCAGCCAACCGACUUCUUCCUCAUCGAGCAAAUGAUCGAAUUUGCGACAGACAUGGUGAAAAUUCAAGGGAAAAUCGCGACAAAAGAAGGGAAGCCCGUCUUGAGUUUCACUCAACAAGCCUUUUUCCAAGAUCUGAUACCAAAUGAACCGCUCAAAAGUGUUCCUCGAUUAUGA